AUGCCGAAACCUAUUGGAGUUUCUGGCUUGAAGCCAGCCGCAGGUGCUGUGCGAAGAGCUAAGCGACUGGGCAGAGGAGGUAACAGAGGAGGCACGUCCGGCAGAGGUCACAAGGGCCAGAAAUCUCGUUCUGGAAACGGGAAACCAACUCCGGGUUUCGAAGGUGGUCAGAAUCCUAUCACCCUUCGAUUCCCCAAGCGAGGAUUCGUCAACCACACAAAACGGGAAUAUGCGCCCUUGAAUCUGGAUAGACUUCAGCAUUGGAUAGACACCGGAAGACUAGAGUCGUCACCCGACAAGCCGAUAACGGCGCACGAAUUAGAGCGGUCAAACUGCGUUCACGGGGUACAUGGCGGCAUCAAGCUCUUGGGUGACGGCCUCUCUGCAUUGCGUUCUCCAAUCUUCAUCCAGCCAUCCAAGGCAUCCAAAUCUGCUAUCCAUGCAAUUGAAGAGAAAGGGGGAGCCGUUCUGUGUCGCUAUUACAACGCUCUUGCUCUCAGAGACUGCAUCAAAGGAAGAACAGAUCGCAAGAGCGCCGCUCCCACCCGGCGAGAUGACAUCGAAUGGUAUAGCAGUUUCAAGAAUCGCGGCUACUUGGACCGCAAGGCCGUUGACCGUUACGCCGCUACAGCCCUGCGUUGGCAAUUGGCGCGAGACGCCGGAACACUUGUCACCUCUCGACCCGAGGAGUCCUCGCUGAGAGCACGACCAAUUGCAGAUAUUGGGUCGACACCUGGCGAGCCUCACGAGAGCUCGCAGCCUGCGAGCAACUAG